AUGGCAGAAGCCCAAGUGCUCAUCGACACCGAAGAGGAUAACCAAUCCCAAAGAGGGAGGUGCCGUGAGGAGUUGCGCGGCCAGCGCUUGCGCAGUUGCCAGCGAUACCUGCAGAGAGGAGGACGUCAAGGAGGACGACAAGGAGGAGGAUGGUAUAUACGCAGCCGUGGUGAUCAGUAUGAAGACGAGUCACUGGACCAGUGCUGCAGAGAGCUGAAGCGCGUGGACGACCGGUGCAGGUGUCAGGCCAUAGAGCGGGCACUUGAUGAGGCUCAGAGGGAAGAGGGCCAGCAGGGAAGAAGGUACGACGAGGACGAGAGGCAAGGAAGAUACGGAGGUCGGGGCCAGCGCCAGAGCCAGAGGGAAGGAAGAUACGAGGGCCGGGGCCAGAGCCACAGCAGAGGAGGAAGGUUCGACGAGUACGGUAGGGGAGGUGACAGGGGCGAUGACUCCAGGGACAGGGACCAGAUGACUCGAAGGGCUGAGAAUCUGCCCAACAGGUGCCGCCUGAAUAGACCCCAGCGCUGCGAGAUAAGGGGAUCUUACAACUGA